UUUGUACGCGCCAUCUGGCACUCGCAACGACAAAGUAACAAAUAUAUUUGUGAAUCCACAGUUUCGUUGGGUUUCCUUUCGUCGAAAACGUUCUUCUCUCGUGUUGAGUUGCGACGGAGCUCGCGAGCACGUCUCCGGCUUCGGCGUCUUCGGGGUGUUUUGAGGUUGAUAUUCGCGCGUUAUGCUUCGAAGAUUCAUUUCUCACAAACCUAACCUUAAUUCUUCAUUUUACAUUCGAUAAUCUAUCAUUCUACGAAAUUCAGUAAAUUCAACUUUUUGUCGUAUAAGAAAUGUCUGUUUAACCAUAAUAUUCGAUUCUUAAAUUUAAUUUGUUUUCGAUAACAUUUUAUUUAAUUCUAAAAAAAAGAAAUUCUAUGCGAUGAUUGCUUCAAGAAACCUUAGCGUUUUUAGAAUUUGUAAUUAAGACUUCCAAUGAACCGCAAACCCCAUUUAAGUCCUUGGAUUCUUUCCUUGUACAGAUUUAUAAUAAUCCUAGCUACUAUAUAACAUUGGUAUUAAAGAUAAAGUGCUUUCUGUACAAAUUUCUCUAGCAAUUUUGCUACAAAUUGAUUGCUUUGAGGUUUUAGUAUAUUCUAAAUAUCUAAAUGAAAAGGUGAUCAUAAUAGAAACUAUCAGAUAGAAUGCAUAGCAGUAACUCUGAAUUUUUCAACAUCUAAGUAAAAAACAUACAGAAGAUAUUGGAUUAAAAUUUACCACAUGCUGAAGACCAAGUGUAAAUAAUUUUGAAGAAAAUGCCAAACUCUGAAAUCAAUAAACGUGAUCAUAAUUAUAGUGAAUCGGAACCACCUCAGAAUGUCAACAUAUCUGACAGCAUUAGCAGCAAGGAAUCCAAAAUGGCACCUGUUGUUGGCCAGAUUAAAGAUAUUGAUGAAUUGAAGAAGAUUGCACCUCGCGUUCGACUACAAGAUGCCAAAAGUUUGAAUGAAUUGACGAGGAUCUCGUCUUUAAGUAACAGCAGCACUAAAUUGCAGCAGAGCAAGUUGUCCAUUUCUGAGAGAACUCAGCAAGAAUUAAAAAAGUAUUGCCGUACUUGUGCUGGUCUAAAAUUACCUUUGGUGGACAUCUUUAGCGAGAAGGGUAUCAAAUUACGAUUGAGUCAACAAAUCAAGCACCUGGAAGUGAAUCCUUAUGAUAGCCUUUCUACGCAGAUGUGCAUGGACUGCAUCUGUGAUCUUAAAAUAAGUUACAAAUUCUUCAUGCAGAUCAAAAAGGCCGAGAUGAAACUUAAAUCCAUUCACGUCAACUUGACAACCGAUAACGUCGCAAAGAAAGCCGAACCGAUUAAUGAGUCUUUGAUAACAGAUGAGGAAAAUCAAUCAUUUUGCCUAGAAACAAAGCAAGAGCAAGAAUCACUUUCUACAAUUCAACAAAAUCCAUCUUUAUCAUCAAUGAAGCAAGAAAGUCAAAUAAUUAUGAAAAAUCAAGAAGAUCACUCUGCUCCUAAAAUUUGUGCCAUCUUUUCGUUGAAGAAUGAAUUGAAGAUGGAAGAAGAAGGGGCGCAAGUGGGCGGAGGAAUUUUCGAGGAGAUAGCAGAGGGAGGAGAGGACGAAGAAUCUAUUGAAGAAUUUGAUCCCGAAGAUCCGGCUUUCCAGGAAGAUGAUGAAGAAGAAUUUUCAAGGUCUUCAGCUGCUGUUUACAAGUAUGACAUGUUGGCAAAGUCUUAUGUGAGAGUAGAAGGAAGUGAAGAGGUAAUCUCUAUGAAAUCUGGAAUCACUCAGACUUCAGAGGGUGAAGGAGAAAAUCAAAAAGAGGGAAUGAAACAACCAAAUAUUCUAAAAAGAAGAUUAUUGAUGUCAACAACAACGACGAAAUGUGGAGAAAAAGAUGGGAUACAGAAUGAAAUGGAAAAUACUCUAAAAGAGUGCAAGGUGCAAAAGUUAGACUUGAAUAAUCCACUGAGCGUGAACAAUGCUCCACAUGAGGAUGGAGUUAUGUACGUAACUGUGAAGGGAUCUAAGCCAAACGAGCUUUUAUUGGUAAAGGUUAAGAAAAUGGAUAAACCUAUGGAAUCAAAACGCAUAGUAUCCUCCACUGAUCUCAAGCCUGUCGAACGCUUCCUCAAACGUUAUGAUACCUUAACAUCGCGGGACUCCUCAUCUCGACGUCCUGAUGCUCGCGAGCAAAUAAUUGAGGAACAAAUCGAAGAAUAUAAAAAAAAACGCGAGAAAGUUCUCGGAAAUCAAUCAGCAAAGACUUGUACCAUAAACGAGAUGCAAAAAGAAAUACAAGAAGAAAACAUGUGCGUUACAUUAAGCCUCAAAAAAGAAAAAGAAGUAAUAGUUCCAACAAAAGAAAAAGAAGAAGAAGAAGAAGAAGAAGAAGAAGAAGAAGAAAAAGAGAAAGAAGAGGAAACAGAGGAAAGCGAAAAAGUUAAUGAAAGCCAGGAGAAGGUCAAUGAUAGUACGAAGGAAUAUAUUUCAAAGUUAUCGAGAGAAAAAUUAAAAUGGGAAGAAGCAAAGCAGAAGAAAGAAAAUGUGCAAAAUCAGGAACCAGACGAAACAUGUACCGAGGGAAAUUUAGAAAAGUUGACGAGAAUCUUGGGAGAGAAGGAAGAGAAUCUGCAGGAAUUUCAGGAAUACUUGAAGCAGCGCAAGAUCGUUCUUUCUCGUCUCAAGGACGACGACGUAAUCUCUCUUUACGAAGAUCGUUUUUCCAUUACGUUAAAAUUACCUCCUAAACCUCUACCAGAUCUUAUAGACAUUCAACCGUCUGUUGAUUCGCUCCCCAUAGAGCGCUAUCUGGAAUGCGAUUACUGCCCGGAAACUUUUUCUAAUCGCGAUGUUCUCGAAGAGCAUCUCAAAACUCACGACUACCGCAUCCUUCACUAUUGCGACGACUGUGAAGAAGAAUUUCCAACUAAUAAAGCAAAGAGAAAUCAUAAUGUCACUUGUAUAAGAAAGUUAAUUUGCAAAUAUUGCGAUCUACUUUUGGAUUCUAAAGGGAAAAAACGUCAACAUGAACAGAAACAUAUCGAUGCCCUUUAUGGACAACUUUGCGAAGUUUGCGGAGAAAGAUUCAAACAUCAGGGAACCCUGGACCAGCACCUAAAAACACAACAUACGAUUUUGGAGAAAAUUUAUCAGUGUUCAAAAUGUCCAAAAAAGUUUGCUUUUAAGCAAAAACUAAGUUUUCAUCUGAAAUCAGUACACACAACUUUAAGAGCAUAUCUUUGCGAAGAUUGCGGUGCAGACUUUAAGAAUCCUGCGAGUUUAAGGCAUCACAGAAUUAGAAAACAUCAACCAGUCGGAAACAAAAGGGAAUGUCCCGUUUGUAGGAAAUUAGUGCCGUUCUAUAGUUUAUCCAAACAUAUGCACACACAUAAAGCUUAUAGUAUUCAGUGUCCGCAUUGUGAUAAGAUGUUUAAAAAUAGCUCGACCUUGAAACAACAUGUAAGGAUUCAUGAAGAUCAAAGACAAUAUCGUUGCGACACUUGUGGGGUUGGAUUUAAUCGAAGAGAUGGUUUGAGGUUGCACAUGAAGGUGCAUGAAAAAACAGGUAGUAGGGGCUUGAAAGAAUGUUCUUGCCAAGUUUGUGGAGAAAAAUUCCCGAAUCAUUCGACUUUGGUAAUUCAUAGAAAUAGAGUGCACAAGGAUGGCAGGCAAUAUACAUGUCACAUUUGUAAUAGAUCAAUGAUUUCGACAAGAUCACUCGAAUGGCAUAUGUCACACAUUCAUAAUGAAUUAAUGCCAGGCGUUACCCGCGACGAGUCCGGUCCGCCUGAAAAAAAACGGGUUUCCUGUUAUCAUUGCAAUAAGACCUUCAAGACAGAGAUGAUACUUCGUACACACAUAAAAAACACUCAUAUGGAAAAAGAUCCAAUGAAGUGUACCGACUGCGACCAGACUUUUACAUCCGAAGUACGUCUACGUCAUCAUAUGAUGGUCGCGCACAAUCGUCUCGAGGGCACUUUAGCAUGUCCGCACUGUACGAAACGAUUCGUCAAUCAAUUAAGGCUGAAGACUCACAUGAUUUCUCAUUCUGAGGAUAGACCGUAUACUUGUGAGAUUUGUGGUUUCAACUUGAAAACCAAGAUUCAACUUCUGAAGCAUCAUCAAAACCGGCACAGCGACGAAAGACCUUUACAGUGCAGAUUUUGUCCCUGGCGGUGCAAGCAGGUGAGCGCCCUCGUUUGUCACGAACGUACACACACGAAUGAGCGUCCGUAUUCGUGUAGCGUAUGUCGCCAGCGCUUUAAAUAUCUCGGCGAUAAAAACAAGCAUGAGCGACGUCAUGAGAGUCUUGGUGGUUCGGGAUUCAAACGUAUUGUGCCAGGAAGGAAUAUUAAACCAAAAGUGCGCGCCGACGAUUCCUCUGGCUCCGAACAGGAGCAAGACUCGAUCAAGGAUUCUAUAAAUCAGCAGAUGGAAGAGCAAUAUGAAGAGGAACAGGAAGAACAAUACGAACAGGAAGAACAGAUUGUCAAAUUCGAACAGGAACAGAUCGUCAAGUUUGAGGAUCAGGAAGAGUAUGAACAAGUGUACGAGCAGGAAUAUGAAGAAACUUCGAGAGAGGCAUCGGAAGCUACAGAAGUAAUCAUGAACAUAGAGGAUUCUAAUGUGUAUACGGAGGAAGUUACGGCCGACAAUAUGGAGCCCAGUCCAGAAAUUAUGACGGACGAAAUUAUUACAAAUGAUAUUCUGCAAUCCGGUACCGCUGUAGUGCAUCUACAACAGCAGGACGAUACGGGGAAGAUUCAAGUGAUACCCGUGAUGCUAUCCUUGCCCGAUCUGUCCGACACGAAUGCCGAAGUCAAUCUCGCAACCGCAUCUAUCAUGUAUAAUAAUUAGAUUAAAUUUUUCGGACUAUAAAAUUCUGUAUGAAUUAAAUGCAUUCGUUAAAAAAAGGGUUUCUAGAUUUUUAAGCCUUCACAGAUUCUGUUGUUAAUCUCUUAAAAUUCCAAGAUGUUUGACGAGAUACGUGUAUAGAAACGCUAUACAAAAUAUCAGAAUUUUUAUUUUAACUUGAAUUUCUAGAAUUUAUGUAUCAUAAGAGAAAUUUUAUAGAACCUGAGAAAUUCUCUAAGAUCUAAAAAAAUAUGGUUUUUCUCAGACUGUAAAAUUUCUUGAACUUGAGACAAGAUUUCUGGAUUUAGGAUCGUAACUUUUAGAAAAUUGCCAAGAGAAUCUUCAAUUUAUAUAUAUUCCAUCAAAUAAUUCCAUCAAAAGUUACAGGAUACACAUUGUGAUAGUAUUCUCAUCCGAGCUUGUCUUAUGAUAAGAACAAUACCAGAGCAAUUGUAAAAAAAAGAUUAAAAUAAAAUGAGAAAAAUAAA